UUCAUUCUCGUUGCGAGUUCACAGUGACAACAAGUCAGCCCAACCCAAUCCAGCCCAAAAAUGAACAAAUUCUUCGUCCUUGCCGUUGCCGCCCUGGCCAUUUCUUGCGUUCAGGCCGAUUCCUUUGAUGCGAGAGCCGAGACUCGCGAAUACAAGAGCGAUCUGAAGGAGGAUGGCAGCUAUGCCUACCAGUAUCAGACAUCCAAUGGAAUCGCAGGACAGGAAUCGGGCGUGGGUGCAUACUAUGCCAGUGGCUCGAAUGCCUACUACGCCCCCGAUGGCCAGCUGAUCCAGUUGACCUACACCGCUGAUGCCAAUGGAUACCACCCAGCCGGUGCCCAUCUGCCCACUCCUCCACCAAUCCCAGCGGCCAUUCUCAAGUCCCUGGAGUACAUCCGCACCCAUCCUCAUCAGGAGUCCCGCCAGGGUCAAGGACGAUUCUAGACCACGUUUGGCUUGCCAAUCACCACAUGUUGAGCGUUAUUCGAGCUAGUCUUAAGUCAUUUCAAAAUAAACAUCGUUUGAUAUAACAAACAUUUCCAUAAACAA